CUGAUCGCCGCAGUGUGUGUAUCAGAGCAUCAGUGUGUUUAGUACAGCAGCGCAGUGGAGGCGCGAAGAGGACACACACGGCACCAAGAGGGAUCCGAGUCAGGAGAGGACAGGAUCACUUUUAAAACAAACAAACUAUGCUUUGACAGAAGAGGAUGCAGAUUAAAGUUAAAUGACCGGAGAUGAGCUUAAAAUGUGCAGCUCCCUCAGCAUUUGACUUGAUCAUACAUGGAUUGCUGCGCUAAACCUGCUCUAAGCCUUUUCACGACAACUUCAGUGGUACUUUUUCAAAGCAAAAACCAACAAAACAAACAAAAACACAUUGUCGCUCAGCAUGUCAGCCAUCAGAAGGAAAUUUGGAGAGGAAUAUCAGGUCGUGAACACCAGCCGAGGCGCGCAUUUUCCUGCGCCAGUUAAGCGCAAGAGGCAGCGCUUCGUGGAGAAGAACGGACGCUGUAACGUGCAGCACGGAAACCUGGGCGGUGAGACGAGCCGCUACCUGUCAGAUCUGUUUACCACGCUGGUGGACCUGAAGUGGCGCUGGAACCUGCUCAUCUUCCUGCUCACUUACACGGUGGCUUGGCUCGUUAUGGCCUCCAUGUGGUGGCUGAUCGCGUACGCACGUGGAGACCUCGGGCGCGGACACGACCCCGACUACACGCCGUGCGUAGCCAAUGUCUACAACUUCCCCUCCGCCUUCCUCUUCUUCAUCGAGACAGAGGCCACUAUCGGCUACGGGUAUCGCUACAUUACAGAGAAGUGCCCUGAGGGCAUCAUCCUAUUCCUCUUCCAGUCUCUUCUCGGCUCAAUUGUGGACGCUUUCCUCAUCGGCUGCAUGUUCAUCAAGAUGUCGCAGCCGAAGAAACGCGCAGAGACGCUCAUGUUUAGCCAAGACGCAGUGAUCUCGCAGCGGGACGGCAAACUCUGUCUCAUGUUCCGUGUGGGAAACCUCAGGAACAGCCACAUGGUGUCAGCUCAGAUCAGGUGCAAGCUCAUCAAGUCUCGUCAGACACCUGAGGGGGAGUUUCUGCCCCUGGACCAAAGAGAGCUGGACGUUGGGUUUGGAACGGGCGCCGACCAACUCUUCCUCGUCUCUCCUCUCACCAUCUGCCAUGAGAUUAAUCCCAAGAGCCCAUUCUUCGACCUCUCACAGCGCUCACUCAUAAGUGAGCAGUUUGAGAUUGUUGUUAUCCUUGAAGGGAUAGUGGAAACCACAGGUAUGACGUGUCAAGCUCGGACAUCUUACACAGAGGACGAGGUGUUGUGGGGACACAGGUUCCUUCCUGUUAUGUCUUUGGAGGAAGGUUUCUUCCGAGUGGACUACUCACAGUUCCACAGCACCUUUGAGGUGCCUACACCGCCUUACAGUGUAAAGGAACAGGAUGAAUCAUCUUGCCUGCCUUCCCCUGCUCCACCUCUCACCCCCACUCCGGGAGAUCCGCGAAGCCGCAGAGAGCGCAUCUUCUCCCUUGAUGGUGUGUCCCAUACUGAAGGUACAGUCUCGAGGUUGCCCAGCAAGCUCCAGCGUAUGAGCUCCAGAAAUGGUAAAGAUUGUGGGAAAUCCAGCAGUACACAAGCAUCUGAAAAAACAUCCAACACUGGUGACCCUCUACGCUCAUCAGCCAGGCUGGAGGAGUCCAACAGCCAGAUGAAGGCAGAGCCACAGAUCCUGUCAGCAGGAGAGCUGGAGCAUCAUAGACUGCCUUUAAUGCCUACUCCAGUGCCAGGGCCCAACCUUAACCAGCUGCCAUCGGCUGGUGGCCGACCCGAGGACAACCUGCCUGAGAAACUACGCAGGAUGAAUGUGGACCGCUGAGCCAUGAGCCACGGUGAUGUCCACUUCCAUCAUGCCUCAAACACAAACUGAUCAACAGAGAGGCUUUGGGAAGACACACAAAUCCAAUACAAACUUUAGCUGGACUAUACUGUGAUUCUUUUUAAUUAUUACACAAAGGAAACAGCCAUGUCUGUCAUCGUCAAACGGAUUACGCCAUCAUCCGUCAGCAUUCUAUUCAGUUUCAAAUAAGCUUAAUAUAUUUUCAUUUAAAUCCAAAUUGAAAACUUUGGCUUUGUGUAAAAUAUUCAUAUGUAUCAUGCUACUCAAUUUAUUAACGUAUGCUUGACUGAUCAAACUGAAUCAUGUUCUUGUUUUAGUUCUGAUUAAGCAUUUGCUGAUAGACAAUAAGGCAAUGAAGAUAUAUAUUUAACAUGCACAAUCAUGUUAGGUAAGUAGAAAAGGUCUGUCCUAUUUGAAAGGCAGUAUAAAGAUAUAAUGCACAAUUUUGAAAGCAGCAUCGCAUGUGUAUUUCUUAGUCAAUGCAAUGAAUUAACAAAAAAACGAGUGAACUGGCUAGGCAUCUCACUUUUCAAGCUAUAGGCCUAUUUAAAACUCCCUGUUGUGUUCUUAUCCAAGCUGAGAUGUUAGUGAGUGCAACAAAAGUCACAUGCGCAGCUUGCUUAUAAGUGACAUAUAAAGGCACUGAGUUGAAUGCAAUGCCUGCUGAGGCUUUCUUUAAAUUGCUGCCAGCAAAGCAGGUGCCAGUAAGUAUGUAAUUAUUUAGUAAAAUACAAUAUAGUGAUGCUAUUAUAAACAAUGAUAAAAGCUUAAGCAAAUAUGAUAUGAAAUUUUCAUAUCUGCAAAUAUUUAUUUCUGAUAAAUCUAUAUUUUCAAUAGGAUGUUAGAAAUGAUGCAUUAUUGCUGUGUAAAGGUUUUAUAGUGUGAACGGUUAUUAUUACAUUUAAUUAUCUUUCGGUAAACGUUUACUUAAACUACCAACAAUCUGUUCUCCUGAGAUAAACUGACAUGCGGUAGCCCCCAUAAGGCAUACAUAAUGACUAUAAAAUUCUAUAUGCAGAACAAUAUGGUACUGUUAUUCUGUGGGAGUUAGUUUUUUGCCUGCCAUAGUCUGGGUCCACUUGCCUCCUUCCUUAAUGGGAACUAACUCUACUCACUAUUACACUGUUCUUUUGAUCACUUUUAUCCUGUAGUGAAAGAUUUCUUUCCUGACAGGAGUGAUUUCUUCCCAGAUGACAUCCACAUGACUUGACAGAGAACAGACAUGAUUAAAUGAUAUAUUUUGGCCUUCACUUUCACCACAUCUCAACUCAACUGAAGACACGUGAGACAUUUUGGACCAAUGUUUUAGACGAUUUAUCAACAUCAUCGAAAUAUGAAGUGAGGGAAAAUCUUUGAGAAGAAUGGUGUUCAUCUAUCUAAUACAGUUGCAGUGACAUUAUGCCAUCAACAAAACAAGCUCUUGGUGGCCUAACAGCUUAAAAACACACAAAAAAUUCUCUCUGUUUGAUUCUCCUUUAAAUAGUCACCCCUUUGAAAUACAGAAUGCAAGGUGUAUGCCUUCAGUCCAUGCAUAUCAUCGAAAUCAUAUUUUCAUCAAUUUAAAUGUUCAAUAAAUAAUUUAAGUGCUAAUUUUAUGUCAUGACAAUUGGCAUCCACAAUCUAUGAUACUGUGGAUUUAUACUCUCAGUCAUGCAGCUAUAGCAAAGAAAUCAGUUCCCCUGCAGAAUACUUGUUGUGAGCAUGACACCUGACAACAUUAGUGCAGUGACUGUUCACCACGCAUGUAUGUGUAAUGAUCCAUUAGUGUACAGGAAAAGGAGACACUGAGGUGUCAAAGUGCUGUAUGUAAUUAUUACUUCCACAGCAACCUUCCAGCUCUCACCUUAGGCUGAGGGCUGAAGUGAAAGUAAUUCAGUUAGUCUUCAACAGGACAUCAGUCACAGAUAUUUACAAUGCAUUACACUUAAUUUUACUGGUACAAAAAGAAUUUCUAAGACAUCCUUCAUUACCAGAAGCAGUCAGACCUUAUGGAGCAGAGAGGAAAUGUUUCUCCGAGGGACUGCAGUAUAAGCAUGGGACAGUGCACUUAAUGUCCUCAAAUAUCCACAGAGGACAUCAGCACUUGAUUCAAGUAUAAUAGGAAAGGCCCAGUCAGUGCUGUGAUAGUUCCAUCUAAUGUAGCACUCCAGGGAUUUCCUUAUCCUUAUCAAUGCAUUCAUUCCAUUCUUAGGUUGUCUUAAAAGUUUACAAGUUUGUGCCACAAUUUGGAAGAUGGAAGCUGCACUGAGGGUAACCAUAAAUUAUGAGCACAUCUGCAGAGCUGCAGAUGAAUUACAGCGUGUAUUCUCUUUAUAGAGGGGGUGUAGCUAUCUCUGGCAUAAAGGACAAGGUUAUUUCUCUGCAUUCAAAGACCCUUUUGAGACACUUUAUCGAUUGCCUAGUGCCGCCAUAUGAGCCUGGACAAAUGUUACAUCUGAAUAAUCAUGGCUUCUCUACUGCAUUGCUGUAGCAGAGCAGCAGCACAGAAUUGUGCCCGGAGAUGCGUACGAGAGGAAGUGUGAGUCACGGACAAACACGAAAGAAAGGGGAAAAAAGAUGCUCUGAGUGAUAAUUUAGUGAAGCUAAAACCAUCUAUUUCCAUAUCCUGUUUAGGAGAAUACAAUGUCUGUUACUGAUUGGUGCAAUGGAAAUGUUUGGGGAUAUCUGGCAUGCAUGUGCCUGAGUUUAUACAAGAUGACACCGUUUUUACUUAUACUGGUUAACUGCCGUACUAGUCAAGUUGAAUGCAGGAUAUGCAAAAUGCAUUACACGAAGCCAAAAUGGCAGCAGUCACGCUCACCAUGCUGCCCAGAUGCUCAUAAAUAUCUAAUGAACCCUGAAUAAACAGGAUCAAAUACACUGGCAUGUAUGUGCCCAAUCAUUACCUACUGUUCUUGCAAAAGCUGGGGAUAGUGAGCAGAGACUGGGAAUAUACAACACAGCAAGAAACUUGGUUCAUACUGCAUGCUUCACUUUUACUCCAGGCACCACAGAUGUUGAGGGGAAAUGUGUCGCAGACUGUAUGGCUGUCCUCUCAUUGGGACAGAAAACAUCAGGAUGGAUGAAGAAACAGCUGUUUGUUUACAGGAUGAAUGACAGAAAUGCUAUUGCUUUAAAGGUUUUUGGUUCGUAGACGAUCAUUUUGCAGUGUUCAAACUGUAAGUAAUAAUCAGUGAAGUGUGGGUUGAAAAUGCCUUUAAAUUCUAUCUACACUGGGGAGUAAGCUUUAGUUAUCCUUGCUAGCACUCAAAGUCUGCAUCUAUUAUGUGGCAUUUAGCAGGUGCCUUUAGCCAGAGUAUCUUAGAUUUAUCACAUAUUUUGUAUAACUGAGCAGUUGCAGAAUAAAAGCCUUGCUCAUGUGGCCAGUAGUGACAGAUUAGCAGUGCUGGGAUUUGAUUUCACAACCUUCCAAACAGUAGACCCAUGGUUUAUCCUGAGCUGCCUCUGCCCCAUAAAAUGUUAUAGAAAUAUCAGUUUCAGAAGCUGAAGGCCAAAAAAAUUGAUCUCACCCUGAAUAUGAAAGCUGUCUGAUGAUAAAAUCCUUUAAAGAAUCAUCUUUUUAUCUUUUAAAUCUUUGGAAUAGAUUGUUUCUUCUCUUUUUUCGGACAGUCCUACAUCUCAUAUGGUUCACUUUAGCUUACCAAUGAUCUUUAAUCAUCUUAAAUUCAUCCACCAUCAAUAUUCACUAUAUACUGAUCAUGGAUGCAGUGGAUCCAGAGCCUAUGAGAGAAGAAUAAUUCAUAAUAAGCCCUGUAUUGACCUGGAGACUCUGGGUCUGUGAAAAAUAGUAUUAAUCCAAACAGUAUGUGAUAAUGCUUUGGCAGUUUUACAAAGUGAAUGAUUUUUGUGGGGUCAGAGAUACCAGAAAUAUUUUUAUAUUUGUUAUUUUUGACCCUGGUUAUUGACCCUGUUCAGAGGAGAAUGAUUUCUGUCCUCCAUGCUCUGUAAACAUGAGAAUAAAUGAUAUGGGUUACUAACAUCCAACCAAUCAGGACAAGAAGGUGUCAUUCAGUCAUUCAAGUCGGUUUAUGUCUGACAAUAAAAUUGCUGUAUAUAUUGUACCUUUAUUCAGGAUCAUGAAGACUCUCUGCACCCAAUGUUAAUUUUGCUGUGUCAAAAAAAAUGUGUUAUAACAUUUUAGCAGGACUCAGAAGGUGCACAGCUUUGGUUCUGCUUUGCAAUCAGUAACCUGAGUUAUAUGAGUUGUCCUUAGACAAGCCAUCAAUAACUUUCUACAAGCUUGAAUAAACAAAGUUCUAUGCGUACUGCAAAUAUUGCAAUCUAGAUAGUUUUUGAGACAAUUGUUUGCUGUCUUUAGUUGGUGAUUUUGUAAAGCAGGAGAAAGGAGAAAGAAACGUUAGUAUAGAAUUUUAUUGCAUCUGGUCUAAGUAUCGGAUACAUGCCUCCAAUAUGCAGAAUAAUGCAAGUAUCAAUUUUAUAGAUAAAGUCUUUUAAUAGAGCAGAGCAGCCACACUCUGUCAG